GAGGCAGGGCCUCGCCCGGGUAGGUAUCCAACUUCCUCUCACGACGGCCGACUCCGCUCCGCCCGCUCAGCGCCCUCAGGCCCGGGGCCCGCCCAGUCCCACGCGGAAGCUGCGGCGGUUGGGCGCUCGUCGCGGCCGUUACUGCCGUUGCCCUAAGCCCCGCCCCUUCCCUCCAGACUGUCCAAUCCCAACUGUUCUCUCGGGCGGGGGUGCGGUCAUGGGGCCAGGCCCACUCAAGAAGAGGCCGCGCCCCGUCCCCCGCUCACGAAGUGGCGUCACUUCCGGCGUGUGCGUCUGGCGUUCGGCCGCCGCAGGAUGGCGGCUCUGAGGAGCUGGGUGUCGCGGAGCGUAGCCUCCCUCUUCAGGUACAGACGGUGUGUUCCUGUCGUGGCUAACUUUAAGAAGCGCUGCUUCUCAGAACUGAUAAGACCCUGGCACAAAACUGUGGCAGUUGGAUUCGGUGUGACCCUGUGUGCAGUUCCCAUCGCACAGAAAUUGGAGCCUCAUUCUCUUAGCAAUGAUGCAUUAAUGAGGAGAGCUGUGUCUUUGGUAACAGAUAGCACCUCCACCUUUCUCUCUCAGACCACGUAUGCUUUGAUUGAAGCAAUCACUGAAUAUACUAAGGCCGUUUACACCUUAAUUUCUUUGUACCGACAAUAUACAAGUUUACUUGGGAAAAUGAAUUCACAGGAGGAAGACGAAGUGUGGCAGGUGAUCAUAGGAGCCAGAGUUGAGAUGACUUCAAAGCAACAAGAAUACUUGAAGUUGGAAACCACUUGGAUGACUGCCCUUGGUCUUUCAGAGAUGGCGGCAGAAGCCGCAUACCAGACUGGAGCAGAUCAGGCCUCUAUAACUGCCAGGAAUCACAUUCAGCUGGUGAAGUCCCAGGUGCAGGAGGUGCGCCAGCUUUCCCAGAAAGCAGAAACCAAGUUGGCAGAAGCACAGACAGAGGAACUCCGUCAGAAAACUCAGGAGGAAGGGGACGAGAGGGCGGAACCGGAGCAGGAAGCCUACCUGCGGGAGGAUUGAGUGCCUGAGCUGCCCAGCCUUCGUCCGAGUCUGCCGGCUCCGCCCCCGGGCCACGAUCCGCUUGGCUCUCUCCGCACAGAGAGGAGUCAGCAGGUCCUGCCCUGGCCCAUCGGGCCAGAGGCCAUAGCUGCGAGUGCCUGACCCAUUUCCCCACGGACCUGGUUCUUAGCCCUGAGGCAUAGCGCGCCCUGUUUAACAUUUGACCCCCCCCCCCCCCAGCUUUCCACCCACCAAUCUUUUUACCUCCCACCCAGAGCAUCUCAGCAGCCUGGCCAGAGAGAGGGUCCUUCUUCCGUCCUGCCCACAAGUUCAGUAGCAGUUUAACCUGUUUGCAGUCGUAUUCGCAUUUUCAAAUCUGAUUUAGUCUUUGCUCCCUCCAUAGGGAUGGGAGUUUGGGGGGGAAUGGGGAGCCUGUUAAGAUUUUUUUUUUUUAGUGUUUCUAAUCCUUUCUGUGAUCUGGCCCUUUUGCCUGUAAGGACACCUGAGGCCCAGGAGCCAAAAGUCCAUUUUUCUUAAGGAACUGAAUGCAGAGUGUUUACCUGGUGCUCAACAGGCCAUAUUCCAACACA